AUGCAAAGAGAAAGAAAAAUAGAUGUUACCCCGAGUAAUUAUUCAGUGCUGGAUACUGAGUUUGGAAGUAUGCGGGAACGUUUCGAGACCGAAAUGAGGCAUGUUGAGGAAGAAAUGAAGCGUCUAAGGCGAGAAUUUGAAGGAUAUACGCCAUCACAGCCAGGAUCACAAACGGACAAUCGCUCCACCACGUAUCAUCGUGAAGAAUCCAGACGUUACGAGUCAUCCUCAACACAGGGCAGCGGCCCCCCUCCACCAAGCAGUACAUUCCGUAGUGAGGGAGGUUUUGGACGACCGGAUAUGAUGUCCAUUCGACCAACAUACGAUCCUUAUCUGGAAAAUCUUAAAUCACCGCUUAUCAAAGAUGAAAGUGAUGGAAAAACACUCAGACUUAGAUUCGAUGUUGCACAGUAUAAACCAGAAGAAGUAACAGUAAAAACAGUUGAUAACAGACUUUUGGUUCAUGCUAAGCAUGAAGAAAAAACACCGCAACGUGCCGUAUUCAGAGAAUAUAAUCAGGAGUUUAUGCUUCCCCGUGGAACAAAUCCAGAACUGAUUAGCAGUACGCUAAGUACGGAUGGCGUUUUAACGGUUGAGGCACCGCUACCCCACCUGGCUAUUCAGCACUGA